AUGGGGGUCUCGAAGAAGCCGCAAGCAGUGGAUGGAGGCCUAGUAAGAGCUUCGCUGAAGCCGAUAAGCACGAAACCCGGAGGAAAAGCGAGCCAAGAUGAUGAAGAGGAUGCUUGUUCCACAACCCCAACGGCAAAAGAAGCAAGAAUACCAGAAAAGUUGUCAUGCCCACCAGCCCCAAGGAAGCGCAGGCCUUCCUCAAGAUGUCAUUUUGACAGUGUCAGGGUGUUCUUCACUCCUCCUGAUUUGGAGACAGUUUUCAAACUCCACGUCGAGAAAGCAAACUGA